AGUUUACCUAUUUGUCAGUCAAGACAUAGGACGAGCUGCACAGUUUACAUGACAGAAAACGUGAGUUACCAAGUCUAAAGUCCAGUCCAAGCUAGUAACUCGGUAAUUUUCCUCUGACUCGGCAGCAGUGUCAUGGUUAUCUUGAGUUGUACGUAAUUAUACAAAGAUAACUAUUUGUGCACGUUCCAACUAGUUGCCUCCAAGCGUUAAUGUCACCUUUUUUCAUCAAUAGAUGAGACUUGCUCUCCACUCGUUCCCUCUGUCGAAGACUUUCUAUUCUACUCUAGUGAGAAACCAAGCCAGAGGCCUGUGUGGGGCAGCCAUGCGACUGGUGCAGUUUCAUCGCCACUGCGAUGAAGGUGCGAUAAGAGUGGGAGUCGAACAGGCUGAGGGACUCGGUGUGGUUGACCUCAAGACCUUUGACCCUUCUAUGCCUACUACGAUGAGAGGGCUUCUGGAGCUUGGUGAAAAGGGAAUAGAGUGUGCCCAGAGAGCCUUAUCAUCUGGUCAAUGCGUGUUGAAUAGGUCAGACAUCAAGCUGCUUUCUCCCAUUCUUGCCCCAGAGAAGGUGGUUUGUGUGGGCAUGAACUACCGGGAUCAUUGCCUGGAACAAAACGCACCCAUCCCUAGUGAGCCUAUCAUCUUCAACAAGUUUCCCAAUGUGAUCACGGGCCCAUAUGAUGACAUCAUCCUGCCUUCCGAGAGCCAGGAGGUGGACUGGGAAGUGGAGUUGGCCUUUGUGAUUGGACGCAGUGGAAAACACAUCAAGGAGGAAGAUGCUCUGUCAUAUGUAGCAGGGUUCACUGUGGCCAAUGAUGUCAGUGCACGGGAUUGGCAGAUGAAACGCAACGGAAAGCAGUGGUUGCUUGGGAAAACAUUUGACACCUUCUGUCCUCUUGGCCCUGCCUUAGUAACUACCGAUGCAGUGAAGGAUCCACACAACCUCGGCAUUCGCUGUCUUGUCAACGGAGACGAAGUCCAGAGCAGUAACACUGACCAGAUGAUCUUCAAGACAGAACAAAUAAUAGCAUGGGUCUCUCAGUUUGUGACUUUAACUCCAGGAGACGUGUUCCUGACGGGAACGCCACCAGGCGUUGGAGUUUUCAGAAAACCAGCCGUUUAUCUCAAGAAAGGAGAUGUGGUGGAGUGUCAGAUAGACCAGAUAGGGUCUAUAGUCAACAAGGUGGUCUAACGACAAGAUGUCAACCACAAGGAGGUCCCUACAACUGUUCUCGAUACCUCAAGUUUCUUGACAAUGCAAACCCAAACAGACAUAUCAUGUUUCAGUUGAUUAGAUGGAAGUUGUCUCUAGAUAUAGAAAAUUUGCACAACAUAUUAUUAGCUAGUGAUGACCUAAUGGGAGUUUAUCAAAUUUGUGAUGUUUUAUGACAGGUUUAAAUGUAUUUUGUAACCAAUUACUGCACAUUCAAACUUUUCUUUUCACAUAAGGCACCUGAAUCAUAAUUUGACUCCAUUCAUCUUUCAACUAUCAUUGGUGUUGUAUUCAUCUGAAGGGGCUUCAUGGAUGGAUGCUUUAUGACAAUUCAGUCAUAGUUUUUGUGACCGGACAAGAAUUAAUCUUUUUGAAGGAUACAAUUAUAUGACUCACCAUGGGAGUGAAAACGUG